AUGGCCGAGACACUGAUUUGCAGUCCCUUCCAAGGCGAAAACACCAUCUUUAGCUUUGGACAUGAGAAAACAUCCAAGUAUGUUGAUAAGUGCUUGGUGAAUUUCGCCAGCGCCAUCACGGAGGCCUCCGAUGAUGGCUACAAAGAUGCGAUUACGAGGCUUCAGCAUAGCUUUAUGCAGUGGGCUCUCAAAAUCAUGGGUGAGGACAGGCGCGGAGACUUGAAUGAAAAGGGAGAAAAAAUAUUCGACGAAAACCUGGCGAAGCCUGGGACAGACCCGAACUUCCGUAAGAGAAUCCAAAUGUACUUAGAGUUACUCUGGUAUGACCUCAUCAUAGUCCGCGAGAUGUUGAAGAAAAACCCCACAGUGGGUAACAAAAUUCUGGGCGAGAAGCCUACGACGAAUGUUUCCGCCGAGACCAAGUCCGAAUCUGGUUCCAAGAAGGAAGAUCUUGAGGCGAGCCUCGGUCCAAAGUCAACACUGGGCACCUUGUUGUUUCAAAAGAUUCCAAUGCUUUGCAAAUUCAUCAGGAACGACUAUGCCGAAUUCUCGGGCGAUUUCAAGGAAGGCGUCGUCCCCUCCCACCCCCUGGAGUACAUGCGGAGCAAAGCACAGGAUGCUCUCGACCAAAUCGAUCCUCCAAAUUACCCAUCCCUGCGGCCGGCAAAGGAAGAAAACAAAACGCCUGCUGGUCCAAGCGAUCCAUCCGUAAAUCUCCAAUAG